GCGUGCCCCGCUGCCGGUCCCGGCCGCCCCGGGUGCAGGGCGCGGAGCCGCCGCGGGGGGGCGCGGUGGGCGGUGGCUGCCCCCGCCCCGUCGGACCCGUCCCGGCUCGUCCCGUCCGGCGGCGGCCGCAGCCCGGCGGAGCAGCGCGCAGCAGGUGUCCGUGGGAGGUGCAGGGAGCCGGCAUGUCACAUCCCAGCGCACCCCCGCUCUACGAUGACAAGAACCCCCUCUACCCCCCGCCCCCUGGGGGGUACCCCCAGCCCCCCCACUAUGCGGGGGGGUACCCGCAGCCUGGGGGAUACCCUGCGGGGGCGGGGUACCCACAGCCAGGGGGGUAUCCAGCAUCAGGGGGGUACCCUCAUCCCGGCAUGGCCAUGCCCACCAUGCCUAUGCGGUUUGGUGACAAGGACCUUGGGGAUGGCUCUGCCUUCCAGUCAGUUGACUGGGACGAUAGGAAAGUCCGGCACGCCUUCAUUCGCAAGGUCUAUGCCAUCAUCUCCCUGCAGCUCCUGGUGACGGUGGGAAUCAUCUCUGUGUUCACCUUUGUCCACCCUGUCCGCUCCUUUGUCCAGAGGAAUGUUGCCAUCUACUAUGCCUCAUAUGCUGUGUUCCUGGUGACCUACCUGGUGCUGGCCUGCUGCCAGGGUCCCCGGAGGCGCUUCCCCUGGAAUAUUAUCAUGCUGAGCAUCUUUACACUGGCCAUGGGGCUGAUGACAGGCACGAUUGCCAGCAUAUACAACACGAAAGCUGUCCUGAUUGCCAUGCUCAUCACUGCCAUUGUGGCCAUCGUUGUGACCAUCUUCUGCUUCCAGACCAAGGUUGAUUUUACAUCGUGUCCGGGGCUGUUCUGUGUGCUGGGCAUUGUGGUCCUGGUGACCGGGAUCAUCACUGCCAUCGUCCUCUUCUUCAAAUAUGUGCCCUGGCUCCACAUGCUGUACGCAGCCAUCGGGGCCAUCGCCUUCACACUGUUCCUUGCCUAUGACACCCAACUUGUGCUGGGAAACAGGAAGAACUCGCUGAGCCCCGAGGAGUACGUCUAUGGUGCCCUCAACAUCUACACUGACAUCAUCUACAUCUUCACCUUCCUCCUGCAGAUAGUGGGCCGGAAUUAGCCCUGGGACCCCUCCUGUCCCUCUCCAGCUGCCCCUCACCCCUCCUCUGGUCUCUGUACAGAAUAGUCUGCUUACUGUGACUCUUAAUGCUUUGGCAUUCCUACCUGUAGGCUGCUAAGGAAAGGGCUUCCCUUGAUCAUCCCCCAACAAGCUCUGAGGGCAGUGAGGGGGACUGGCUGCCAGUGUUUAGGCAGUUUAGCCCAGCUUUGGCACUGCUUACUGAGGCUGUGCCAAUGGCAUUGGGCUGGCAGUGGAAUGUCACAGCCCUGCCUGGGCACAGGGAACUGGCAGCGGCUGCUGGGAUCAUGUUGGGAUUUUUUGGCAGAGAACAGUUGGUGUCAUUCACUCUGUGCCUUAAAUGUGGCUCUGGCCAUGCCCCCUCCCUGAGCUGUGGCUGUGCCCGGUGUGGGCAGGGGGCAGCUGGGACCUCCAAUGUGGCAGAGCUCACACUGCAGAGGCCCUGCAGCCACAGAUGUGGGCAAAGUUGCACUUGCUAAAUAAAACACUUCAGUUUUCCAGACA